UGAGGGGGGAAAAAGUCUGCUGACUUCAUUUUUUCUCUCUCAGUUGUUCUGCUUUUGUCUUGUCGACGGACACUGAAGCAACUCAUCUCCAUCUGGAUUAAUUUGACGUCUUUUAAAGGCAGCCUGCACCUUCAUUAUGUGAAGAAUGAAUGUGACUUUAUUUGAUGUUGAAGAAAAAGCUCCUGCACCAAGCGCCUCCAUGGUGCCUCCGGCGAAGAGCGACAGGAUCAUCACUCACCUCCCCAAGUGCUUCAGUCCCAGAGCGGCGCUGCACACCGAAGACGUCUUCCACCCCGACGUGACGGCCGCCUGCCACCACCGCAGGGAGGACGCCGUCAGCUUCAACGUGGCCAAAGUCAUCGUCGUGGGCGACGUCUCUGUGGGGAAAACAUGCUUGGUCAGCAGGUUCUGCAGCGGCGCCUUCAGCAGGAACUACAAGGCCACCAUCGGCGUGGACUUCCAGAUGGAACGCUUCCAGGUGCUCGGCGUCCCCUUCAAUCUGCAGCUGUGGGACACAGCAGGUCAGGAGCGCUUCAAGUGCAUCGCCUCCACCUACUACAGAGGAGCUCAGGGUGACAUUGUCUCUCUUCUUUGUCUUGUGUCUCUCUUCUUUGUCUUGUGUCUCUCUUCUUUGUGUUGUGUCUCUCUUCUUUGUCUUGUGUCUCUUCUUUGUCUUGUGUCUCUCUUCUUUGUCUUGUGUCUCUCUUCUUUGUGUUGUGUCUCUCUUCUUUGUCUUGUGUCUCUCUUCUUUGUGUUGUCUCUCUUCUUUGUGUUGUGUCUCUCUUCUUUGUCUUGUGUCUCUUCUUUGUCUUGUGUCUCUCCUUUGUGUUGUCUCUCUUCCUUGUGUUGUGUCUCUCCUUUGUGUUGUCUCUCUUCCUUGUGUUGUGUCUCUUCUUUGUGUUGUGUCUCUUCUUUGUGUUGUCUCUCUUCUUUGUCUUGUGUCUCUCCUUUGUGUUGUGUCUCUUGUUUGUGUUGUCUCUCUUAUUUGUGUUGUGUCUCUUCUUUGUGUUGUCUCUCUUCUUUGUCUUGUCUCUCUUCUUUGUGUUGUGUCUCUUGUUUAUGUUGUCUCUCUUCUUUGUGUUGUGUCUCUUCUUUUUGUUGUGUCUCUUCUUUGUGUUGUCUCUCUUCUUUGUGUUGUCUCUCUUCCUUGUGUUGUGUCUCUUCUUUGUGUUGUCUCUCUUCUUUGUCUUGUGUCUCUCCUUUGUCUUGUGUCUCUUGUUUGUGUUGUCUCUUCUUUGUGUUGUCUCUCUUCUUUGUGUUGUGUCUCUUCUUUGUGUUGUGUCUCUUCUUUGUGUUGUCUCUUCUUUGUGUUGUGUUCUUAAAUGUGUCUUUUCUUUGUGUUGUGUCCUUAAAUGUCUCUUCUUUGUGUUGUGUCCUUAAAUGUCUCUUCUUUGUGUUGUGUUCUUAAAUGUCUCUUCUUUGUGUUGUGUUCUUAAAUGUCUCUUCUUUGUGUUGUGUUCUUAAAUGUCUCUUCUUUGUAUUGUGUUUUUAAAUGUCUCUUCUUUGUGUUGUGUUUUUCCUUGUGUCUUCUUUGUGUUGUGUUCUUAAUUGUCUCUUCUUUGUGUUGUGUCCUUAAGUGUGUCUUCUUUGUGUUGUGUCCUCAAAGGUGUGUCUUCUUUGUGUUGUGUCUUAAAAGUGUCUCUUCUUUGUGUUGUGUCCUUAAAUGUGUGUCUUCUUUGUGUUGUGUCCUCA